AUAAAAUAGUAAUAAUAAACGUUGGCAGCGACCAUGUCGAAAGUUGUCAGCAGUAAGGAGAAGAAAUCCUUCAGCAAAAAGCUGUUCCGGAGGAGCUCGGUGCGCUCCGUGGGCAGCUUCAUGAACAGAGUUCUCCGGACUCUGUCCACGCUGUCUCAUUUCGGUACCGACGAGCAGGCCGCCGAGGAUGACAAGGACGAAGCCUCUCUGGUUCCGACCACAACCGGGGUAUCGGUCCCGUCCGACGACAGCGACUGCGGGGGUUUCCCCUUCGGGGACAAAAUCCCGGGUGUCGCCGGACUCAAGAACCACGGCAACACCUGCUUCAUGAACGCGAUCCUGCAGUGCCUCAGCAACACCGAACUGUUCGCCGAGUAUCUGGCUCUGGAGCAGUUCCGAGGAGGGGACACGGCCACCACCAACAACGACAAGGCCAAGUCCAACGGGGUGCUGGUGCAGAAGAAGGGGAUCCAGCAGCAGCAGCAGGAGCAGGAGGAGGAGGGCGGGGAGGUGACCGAGCAGCUGUCCGGUCUGGUUCGGGCACUCUGGACCUUCGAGUACACGCCCCAACACAGCCGAGACUUCAAGAACGUGGUGUCGAAGAGCUCCCACCAGUUCAGAGGAAACUCCCAACACGAUGCCCAGGAGUUCCUCCUGUGGUUGUUGGAUAGAGUUCAUGAAGACCUCAACAACAUCAUCCACCCUGACAGCAGGCCCCCCAGGAAGCCUCCUGUUGAAGAUGAAAAUGCUACUGAAGGAUCUCCGUUACCAGCACCUGGCUCUUUUGUUCAGGAGCUGUUUCAGGCACAAUACAGGUCGUCCCUGACUUGCCCUCACUGCCAGAAACAGAGCAACACCUUUGAUCCUUUCCUCUGCAUCUCACUGCCAAUCCCGGUGCCUCACACGCGGCCUCUCUACGUGACAGUUGUGUACCAAGGAAAGUGCUCCCACUGUAUGAGAGUCGGGGUGGCGGUUCCUCUGUCGGGCACCGUGUCCAGGCUGAGAAAAGCUGUGGCCCAGGAAACUAAAAUCCCUGCUCAACAGAUUGUCCUCACUGAAAUGUACUACGACGGCUUCCAUCGUUCUUUCUGUGACGAUGACGACGACCUCGAAAUCAUCCAGGAGAGCGACUCAAUCUUUGCCUUUGAGACACCUGAGCUCUUCCGACCAGAGCAGAUCCGCUCCAAGCGAGGCGUGAGCCCACAUGCAAAUCUCAACCAGAACAACUUGAAGUUUGGUACUGAUAACAACAGGAUGCCAACGCAAAUACAAGAGCCCACAACGCCACCUCCCAGCCCCAACAAGAACACGGAGCAGGCUGAGAAGGUCGUGUUGUUGGUGUGUAACAGAGCCUGUGCAGGACAGCAAGGCCGCAGGUUUGGUAAUCCAUUCAUGCUCUAUCUGGAGCGUACUGUGACGUGGGAUGUUCUUCAGAAAGAGAUCCUGGAGAAGAUGCGGCAUCUUCUUCGCCCUGGGGUUUUAGUGCAGGUGGGGCCCUUCACUCUGCGUGUGGUGGGAGUGGUUGGAAUCACGUACCUGUUGCCUCAGGAGGACCAACCGCUCUGCCAUCCUUCUGUAGAGAGGGCAUACAAGUCUUGUGGACCUGGAGGACCACCCCAUGUCAAAAUUGUCGUCGAAUGGGACAAGGAAACGAAAGACUAUCUGUUUAAACGCACUGAGGAUGAAUAUAUCCCGGAUGCUGAAAGCGUGCGUCAAAUAAAGGAGCAGCACAUGCAGCCGCAGAUGUGCUCGCUGGCACAGUGCUUUCAGCUCUACACCAAAGAGGAACAGCUGGCCCCUGAUGAUGCGUGGCGAUGUCCGCACUGUAAGCAGCUCCAGCAGGGCAGCAUCAAGCUCAGUCUCUGGACGCUGCCAGACAUCCUCAUACUUCACCUGAAGCGCUUCAGACAGGAUGGAGAUCGACGGAUGAAGAUGCAGAACAUGGUGAAAUUCCCUCUGACCGGCAUGGACAUGGCGCCACAUAUAGUUAAGAGGAGCCAGAGCAGCUGGAGCCUCCCCUCCCACUGGUCACCAUGGAGACGGCCUUACGGGAUGGGCCGGGAUCCUGAGGACUACCUUUACGACUUGUAUGCGGUGUGCAACCAUCAUGGGACCAUGCAGGGGGGUCAUUACACAGCGCACUGCAAGAACUCUAUUGAUGGUCAGUGGUAUUGCUUUGACGAUAGUGAUGUUCAUCCCAUAUCUGAAAACGAAGUGUGCAAGCAGACGGCCUACAUCUUGUUUUACCAAAGACGCGCAACCAUCCCAUCUUGGUCUGCAAACAGUUCUGUGGGAGGCUCCACCAGCUCUAGUUUAUGUGAGCACUGGAUAAGCCGAUUGAUGGGCAGCCGUCCACCUAGCCAAGCCUCAUCUGGAUCAUCUAGACGCACCUCGUUAGCCUCUCUGUCCGAGUCUGCCGAAUUUGCCGCGGAACGGAGCGAGGAUGAUGGCCUAUCUACCCGACCGGCAGUGAGAGGGAUGCAAAGACAAACAUUCUCGUCAAGAUCUUCCAUUGCUAGUCCCUUAGUGCUCAGUGAAAAUUGCACAAAACCAUCCUGGUCCCAUUCGGCUAAGCUCCAGCUCCGUUCCAUCUCUCCCUCACGUUUUUCCUUAGAAUCCCACUCUUCUUCUCCAACACUGGAACGGAUAGGUGAGGUGGUUGAUACCAAGAUGUCAACUUCCUGCUUUAGUGGGUCACCUAAGACAGGGGUCAAAUCAUCCCUCGCCGCACUGGACAGCAAUCCAAGCAGUAAGCGGCUAUUAGAGCAGGUACAUUCCAAGGCCGUGUUACACGUGGAGCAGAGGAAAUCCAUCCAGGCUGGAGAUAACAACAAUGCAGUCACACCUCCUGAACAGGUCAGCCCUCGACAUGGAGCGACACCAAAGGAACUGAAACAAAGGACUACAUCCACAGAUGGCUCAGGUGUCAAAAGAGCCUCAGCCAAAAGUGGAUUAGAGAUCGAAAGGAGUCCCAAGAAACGCACUGCCACGUUCUCAACAUCAUCCAGCUCUCUUUCUCCUGCAUCUCCCUGUGCGGACAAGUCACCAUCUCGAGGACAGACAAAGAGUGCUGCAUCAGCGUUCAACCCCAAGGACAAAAGUGAUGGACCUCUUAAAACUAGUAAGCCCACUUCCUUGAGAUCUGCCACCCCUUCCAAAAAGGGACCAUCCCAAACCCAGGAGGCAUUACAUUCUGACGCUACACCUCAAAUGAAGAGUGGUUCUCCGGGACUACAAAGCUCCCACCCUCAGAAGAAAACCUCGCCAAGAGGGGGAAGUGAAAAAGGUGCAGCUGCUGGAAGGCUGAAAGCAGCAGAAAGAAGUGCAAGCCGGGACUAUUCACGGAGCAAUGGGAUCUCAGAAAGAAAGGUGAUGAAUGGGAACCCUUCCUCCAGGACAAGCGGUGGUAGUAGAGCUGAGGCCAGAUUGGGCCGUGCUUCCGAGAACAGACCAGGAGGACGAAGCUCAAGCAGUAGCUCCUCGAUGACGAGCCUGAGAUCCUCGAGUGUGGGUGUUUCUUCUGGAAAUGCAACCCCGGCAUUACGAGGACCUCAGAGGAACAGUAAGACAGAGGACAAAGGUUUAUCAUUUUUUAAAACAGCCUUGAGGCCAAAAGAGACUCGCAAGUCAACCGAUGGCGGCAAAGUGGGGACGGCAGAAGCUAAAGGGAGUCCAGAGGAUUGUGGUGGUGGGGAUGCAAAUAGAGAAGGACCAAGCAAGAAAGCCCACAGCAUGAUGUCGGACGCCCAGACAAGCUUGUCAACAGCCAAAGACAAGGAGUCCUGUAAGGCGGGACUGCUACCCUCUGCAAAGUCCAAGCUUUCUGGAGCUGAAGCAAGCAGCCAAUCCUCCGCCAACAUAAAGGAGCUAUCAAAGAAAGAACCUGCUAAAAAGACAGUACAAUCCAGGAAGAUCCCCAGCAACUCCACACAAGCUAACCAGAGGGCCAAAUGAAAUGAUCCAAAGGGUGGGAUAUCAUUCGCUCCAGUGCAGCUCAGAGGUGCUUUAACCGCCAGAUCAGACUCUGAGUCUUCAAAGCACCUGUAGCCUACGGUACAAGAGUACCAGCUACCCACAGUGGAUAGCUGUUGUCCACAUUGUUAAAUACAUAUAGGAAUGAAUUUUACUGAAGCACUUUGUACGGCUCGCAUCGAGGAAUCGUGUACCGCAUUGUACAUAUGCAUGGACUGCACACGUAUUGAAGUUAUUACCUUGUUCUGUCUGUAGAGUAGCUGGGACG